AUGGCUUCCCCUGCCCCCGUGGCGGUUAAGCCCACCAAGCCCGAUGAGGAGGCCUACAAGAUUAGCCUCGCUCAAGCCGAGAAGGAGCACACUGCUGCUCAGGAGAAGCUGAAUCAAAUCAAGUCCAAGUUGGACAACGCCAAGCCCAACAACCAGGACUCCCCCACCGUCAAGAAGCAGCAGGAACUCCGCGCUGAGUUGUCCUCCAUCCGCCAAAAGCAGUCCGGGUUCAAGUCCUCCCGCUCCAGCAUCCAGGAGAAGAUCAAUGCCAUCGAAUCCACCCUCAAGGCCCGCAUUGCGGAGCAGAACAACUCUCGGGGCAAGAUGGCCUUCAAGAACGUCGACGAGAUCGACCGUGAGAUCGCCAAGCUCGAGAAGCAGGUCGACUCCGGUACCCUCCGUCUGGUCGACGAGCGCAAGGCUCUCGGCGAUAUCUCCAACAUGCGCAAGCAGCGCAAGGGUUUUGCCGGCUCAGAUCUCUGCCUUGCGCAAGACCCUCGACAACCCCAGGCCAAGGCUCUCAGCGACAAGUACUCUGAGAUCCAGAAGGAGCUCGACACCAUCAAGGCCGAGCAGGAUGGCGUCUACAAGAACCUGAACUCUCUCCGUGAUGAGCGCACUAAGCUGCGCAACGACCAACAGGCCAAGUACGUCGCCAUCAAGGAGAUCAAGGACACCUACUACAAGGCCCGUCGUGCGUACAAGGAGUACGAGGAUGAGGCUUGGCGCCAGCGCCGCGAGCGCCAGAAGCUCGAGCGCGACGCUUUCGAGCGUGAGAAGCGCAAGAAGGUCGCUGACAAGAAGCUUGAGGAGGCUUCUGCUCUUGCCUAUGCUGAUGAGAUCCUGACUGCUCAAGGUCUGAUCCGUCACUUCGACCCCGCUUAUGACUUUGCCUCUCUGGGUCUUGAUGACAAGAAGGUUGAGGAGAGCAAGUUCCGUGCUGGUGUUGGCCGUACCGUUGAUGACUCUGCCCUGAAGGGUAUGAAGGUCGUCCGCAAGGACGAGGAGGAGGACUACUUUGCUGGUACUGGUGGCAAGAAGGGCAAGAAGGGUAAGAAGGGCGGUGCUGCCGCUGCCGCUGGUGCCGAGCCUGCUGGCAAGUUCAACAUGAACGUUGGUGUCAUUGAGGACUUCGCCAAGGUCAAGAUCGACCCUCCCAUGAACCAGGCUGCUGUCCCUGCCUCUGUUGAGCAGCUGGCUGCUAAGAUUACCGAGUGGAAGAAGAACCAGGCCAGCAAGACUGAGGAGAACAUCAAGAAGGCCAAGGAAGAGAUCACCCGCCUGGAGGAGGAGGAGGCUAAGAUCGAGGCCAACGGCCGUGCCACCGACGCUGCGAAGAAGCCCGCGCAGGCCAACGGUGCCCCCACCGCCGAGGCCGAGCUGGCCCAGGAGCAGGACGGUGCCGCCGAUGCUGCCGAUGAGCUGAAGAAGGCUUCGCUGGAGGACAAGGAAUAA